ACUCAACCUGGUUUCGUCUAACAAGAGCAGAGUGCAUCAUCAUAAGACAUUGCGAAACUGUUACCUUUAGCUCCAAACCUUGAUCGAAAAGCACAGAAAGGUGCAAGUAAGUCAAAGAAAGAUCAGCUAACCAGGAGUCAAGAUGGAUCUUCUCCCAGGAUUUUCCACCGAGACAUGGUUACUUCUUGUCGUUCUCCUGGGCCUUCUAAUGCUAUAUGGAAUAUGGCCGUUCCGUAUGUUCAAGAGGUUAGGAAUUCCAGGCCCCAUGCCGCUACCUUUCUUUGGGACCGUCUUAAAUUACCGCCACGGUUUUGUGAAGUUUGAUAGCAGUUGUUACAAGAAAUAUGGGAAAAUCUGGGGAAUUUAUGAUGGCCGGCAACCUAUAUUAGCUGUAUUGGAUCCCAUCAUCAUCAAAGCCAUACUAGUGAAAGAGUUCUAUACCACCUUUACCAACCGCCGGAAACUUGGCUUAGCAGGGAUAUUGGAGAGCGCAGUUUCAAUAGCACAGGAUGAACAGUGGAAGAGGAUUCGCACCGUGCUGUCACCGACCUUCACCAGCGGGAAGCUGAAGGAGAUGUUUCCCAUUAUAAAACAAUACGGGGAAAUUCUGGUGCAGAACGUGCAGAAGAAAGUGGACAGGGACGAGCCUAUAGAGAUGAAGGACAUCUUUGGUGCUUACAGCAUGGACGUCGUCACUAGCACCUCUUUUGGCGUGAACAUUGACUCCAUGAACAACCCCAAUGACCCUUUCGUCAAGGAGGUCAAGAAAAUGACCAAGUUUAGCUCUUUCGACCCACUCUUUCUUUUGAUGUUUGUGUGCCCAUUCCUCAUUCCUAUCCUUGAGAAAAUGAAUGUGAACGUCUUCCCCAGUGACGCUUUGGAUUUCUUCAUGAGAUCAGUUGGAAAAAUAAAGGAAAAACGGAAGAAGGAAGGCAAAGGGGACCGAGUGGAUUUCCUGCAGCUGAUGAUAGACUCUCAAGGCACCAAUGGCAAACAACAGAGCAAUGGGGUGGAUCAUUCAUUCAAAGGGUUGACUGAUGUUGAAAUUCUGGCCCAAGCGAUCAUCUUUAUUUUCGCUGGAUACGAGCCAUCCAGCAAUUCCCUUGGCUACACGGCCUACCUCUUGGCCACUCACCCCGAUGUCCAACAAAAGCUUCAUGAUGAAAUCGAUACUAUUCUACCCAACAAGGCUCCUCUUACUUAUGAUGCUAUAAUGAAAUUGGAGUAUCUCGACAUGGUGAUUAAUGAAUCACAGAGGCUGUAUCCCCUUGGAGGACGGAUCGAAAGGGUCAGCAAGAGAGACGUUGAGAUAAAUGGUGUGACUAUUCCAAAAGACACGGUGGUGAUGAUUCCACCUUACAUUCUGCAUCGGGACCCAGAAUACUGGGCAGAACCAGAGGAGUUCAGACCUGAGAGGUUCAGCAAAGAGAACAGUGAAAACAUUGACCCUUACACAUACCUGCCCUUCGGAGCUGGUCCCCGGAACUGCGUUGGGAUGAGAUUUGCAAUGGUCACUAUGAAAGUUGCAAUCGUAAUUCUCUUGCAGCAUUUCUCCUUCAGAACCUGCAAAGAAACCCCGAUUCCCCUGGAGCUGAGCGCUCAGUUAUUCUUAAUGCCAAAGAAACCCAUUGUUCUGAAGUUGGUUCCACGAGAAAAGGAAGAAUGAAGCCUGGCUGUGUUUCGGACAUCUUUGCAGCAUCUAGUAUUCAGAUACACACUGCCACUGAACAUGGAGGUUCGAUUUAGCUAACAAAAGUACUAGCCAUUGAUAGACCUAUCCUCCAUCGAUCUGCUUGCUCCUUUUAAAAAGCCAUCACAUUUAGUGGCCACUGCAAUAUCUUUGUGACCGAGAAGCCAACGUUUUGGGUGUUUUCCACCCCAUAUGCCACUAUAUGAGGAAAAUGCCAGACGUAAGGCACAAUUGCUCAAAGCGUGACAUUGAACCUCCAAAGAGGAAAGAAGGAGCCAUUAAACAGAGAGCAUUCACUCCUGAACUGCCACCUGCAAGUGAACCAAAAUUGGAAACGAUCUUAAUUAAAGACAGCAAUACAUAUCCUGGAGAAAUAACUAGGCAGCUUAAUUAAUAGCUUCAAAAGAGAAGAAGAAAAGCCACUGAAGGAUUCUUAAGGCCUUCACCAGACAAGAUGUAUUAUUUUUUCCUUGGAAUGAGCAAUUGUUACUCAAGCAAUGAUAAUGCAUUUUUUUAAACCCAUGCGUGCCCAGUGAACUGAAAUUUUAGAAAUGAAAGUAUUAGCAUACAUACAUCCCCAGCUCAUUCUUUGAAAGCUUGAAACAAAAAAAAAUUAAAUAAUUUCCCAAGCAGAGGCAGGUACAGCUCCAGCCACUGUGAGGCAAUUAAAACCAAACUUUCUUUAGAGACAAGAUCGGCUGUGGUUUAGUGGAUUAAAAACCUUUGGUUAAAUGCAGGUUUAACCUUGUAUGCCCCAGUAAAUUUUUGUACUAUUACUUAGGGCUAACAGAUUGCCACUAUCAAAUACAAUAAGAGUCAGACAAAGUUUAUGAACUAUGAUGUUUAAUGGUUAUAAACCAUCAUUGUUUUAUUUUUCUUCGGCAAACAAAUAUACAUUAUGCCAUUGUAAUGUCAAACAAGAAUAAACUAUUACUCAUAAUCACAACAGAAAACCCUGUCUUCAUGUCUUU